CCUCUUCAAGCUCCGGUACCUUACUCUGCAAACUUUGCUAAAACCAGCACAUCCACUCCACAAGAAAGUCAAGCCAUGUUUUCCAUUCCAAAAUCAACAAAUUCACAGCAGCAACAACAACAACAUUAUUUCACAGACUCCCAUUACCCUCCCUUUAUGGAGGAUUCUCCAACAGGGGGAGCUGUGCAUCAUUGGCAGCAUCAACCCCAUCCCCAUGUGACUGCUGAGGCGGGGGAACAUUAUGAAGCAGAUGAGCUGUAUGGCUUGCCAAGUGCUGUAGCACAAAGGGAGGUGGGUCACUGGGAGCAUGGUCAAAUGCAUCUCCAAGGUUACAGCACUGUUAAGGGUACUUCAGCAGAGCGGCAUCUUCACGGCAAUCCUGUUAUUGGCCAGAGAGAGGAGGCGGAAGGUGGCAAUGAGCAAAACCACGGUACAGCCGGGGAUGGGAAUGGCCACUGGUACCAGCAUCAUAUGCCUAAUGGAUAUUAUUUAAAUGGCUACGACUCGUUACAGCAACAACAACAACAACAGCAUGAAAAUGAUGUUUACACGGCUGAAGCUUCGGGUGUGGAUGAAAUACAGCCACAACAACAACAACAUGGUUAUUAUGGAGAAACGGUCAAUUCGGGUGAAGAGUUUCCUCAAAUCCUUCAUGGCUACAUUCCGUCCCAUGAACAGCAAAAUUAUCUUUAUUCUCAUGAGGUGCAUGACCAGCAAGCAUACAUUCCAUCUCAUGAUAACAUUGUUGAACCCUAUCCUCAACCUCAGUCUCAUGAUGCUCAUGAGCACCAGAGUUACGUACCGUCACACCCUUACUAGGCUCAACCAACCAGCUUGGAGUACCAAUUUCACCAAGCAGACCCACCUAGUGACACAAAUUACCCAAGGGCAGCAACUCUUGAGAAGCCAUUGACGUCUUCAGAUCCCCAGUUUGACAGUGGCUACAAGGUGAUCUUUAACCAGGAAACAGACAAAGCUGAGACUGAGAAGCAUUCUGGUCCAUUUGAUCGUCAAAACGUAGCCAUUGACACAGGUGUAGAAAAAGACCUCUCCACAGACUCCCAGCAGGUCACCCAGCUGAGAAUUCUUUACAAGGCGCGGGGAAGGAAGAUAGAAGAGCUAACAGCCGAGUUAGACCAGUACAAACAGGAGUCGUGUAGAGAGAUAAGGAUUCUCAAACAUCAGCUCUCCAUGGCUCAGGGUGACCGAGAAGGCAUGGAAACCAGUCUAAAGCAGUGUCAAAACCUUCUUCAGGCAUCCAAAGGGGAGGUAACUGAGUUGAGAGGGAAACUACAGACAGCUGAAGCACAAAUACAGGCACUCAAGCACAGCAAGGACGAGCUGAUCAACAAGCUGAGCUCUGCAGAAACCAACAUUGAGGGACUGAACGAACAAGUGGCAGAACUGGGGAAGUCUGACAGUUUAGACAGGGCUAGGGUUCACCACCAGAGUGUGGUCAAUGGGCUGCAGAUGAAGUAUGACACAGAGAUCCUCUCCCUGAAAGAGAAACAGGACUCCUUGUAUGAGCUGGUCGCUGAUAAGGAGAGAGAGAUUAAGUCUCUUCGCCAGCAGUUAGCCGAUGUUCAGCACCAGGGGGAGCUGGCACAGAUUUCCCGCGCAGAGACGAUUAACCGACUGACAAAGAGCUUAGAAGAAAGUCAAAGACAGUGUCAUUCUCUGCUGGAGUCCUCUGUAAACGAAGAGCUAGGAAAGACCAAGGCACUUCUUAAGCAGAAAACUGCAGCCAAAGACAUGACAGAUGAGAUGUGCCAGGCCCUAAAGGAGGAAUUAGUCGAUCUUCGAGAACAAUUAAGCAUGUUUGAGUCUGCAUCAAGUCUGGGCUUGUUCUCUACCAUUUCCUCCUCCAAAUCUAAAGAGCUCCAUGACGACUCCAUGACUGAUCUGGGCAUCAAGAAGACAUUGGACUUCAAAACUCCAGAAUCAGUGUCCAGUAGGUCAGCUGUGACCGAUGUCCCAGACGAUUACGUGGGUAAACUCAGAAUGGAGCUGGAGCGCUGCCUUAUGAGCAACAAGACAAAGCGCUCCCAAGUCGCCAAACUGCAGACAGAGUUAAGAGCGGCAAAAACAGAACUCAACGACCUUUCAUCACGGUGUGAGCGAGCAGAGAAAAGUGCAGAAGAACUCAAGUUGAAAGUGAAAAGCUAUGAAGAUGAGUUCAGCCCCGGAGAAGGUGACAAAAUUUCAGUCAUUGAAAAACGGCUCAGGAAAGAAAUAGAAAAUCUGAAGACUGAGAAAGACGGUUUGCUGGCAGAGACACAGGAUUUAAAGCACCGCCUGGAAGAGGUCGCUAGCAGUGAAGAAAAGGUGAACGAGAUUAACCGUGAGCUGAGCGCAGAGAUGUCGCAGAUGAUCCGAGAUUAUGACGACGACAAGAGAGAGGGUCUGGAGAAAUGUCAUGAGGCCUACAUGCAGAUGGUGGAGGAUGCUAAGUCUCGGGUCAGAGAGGAGAUUACCUCUGCUGCGGAGAGCGAAAGACAGGCUCUGGUGGAGAAGUACGAGAGUGAAUUAAUUAUUGUCAGGGAUGAGCUGCGUGGAGCCUGGAAGGAAGUGGACACGGCUAAGGAGCUGUACAUCAAACUGUCUGAGGAGAAGAAACAGCUGGAGAUUCAGCUUAGAGAGGAGUUUCAGAUUGAAAUGGAGGUUGAAAUAGAAAAGGUGACAAGUCGCCUGUCAAAGGAGAAACAGGUGGAACUUGAAAAAUUAAAAUUGGAAUUGGAAUCCAACAUCAACCCAGAUGUGGUGGCCAAAGCUAAGGAGGUGUGGCUGAGAGAACAGGAAGAGGUUUGGCAGCAGAGAAUAAAGACAGAGGUGGAGAAGGCCAAAGCUGACUGGCUGAAGGAGCAGUCAUCCUCCCUGCAGGACACUAUAGACUCUGCCAUACAUGCAGCAGAGGUAGAAUGGAGGACACUACAGGAAGUGGACAAGGAGAGGGAGAUUAAGGAGCGCUUAACCGAAGUUGAACAGAUAUUGCUAUCUGAAAGGGCAGCAGCUGUGGAACUUGAAGUGAAAUGUCGCCUGGAGGAAGAAAGGAUAAAGUGGACAGAAUUACUGGAAAAGGAAAAAUCAGAUGUCUGCAAGGAAGCAGAUGUAGUGAAUGAAUUGCAAGACGAAAAGUCUAAACUGUGUGAAGAAAAUUCAAAACUGCAGAAAGAUAUUGACAACUUGAGGACAGCUCAUGCAAAGGCUGAAGAAGAUAUGAAAAUGGACAUAGCGAGAUUGAAACAUGAAUUGUCAGAAGUCGAAAGCAGCUCAGAAAAGCUACACGCAGAGAAGAAAGUUCUGCAGGAUACGUUGCGAAAGGAAUUUGCCGAUAUGCAAGAGGAAAUGAACAAUCUUUUGACAGAGAAGAGCAAACUUCAAGACUCAACAUUAGAAGAGCUUGAUAAAUUGCGGCUUGAAAACGUUCGUUUGCAGGAAGAGAAGGAGAAGUUGAUGGUGGAAGCCAAAGCCGAGUUGGAAGCCAAAGUGAAGAUGGUGGUCAGAGAGGCAGAGGAGAAGUUCAGACAAGAGCUGGAGAAAACUGUGUCCACGGACAAGGACAAGCAACAAAUCUCUGAAUCUGUGAUGCAAGCAAGAGUUGAGAAACAGGAAAGGAGCCGAUUGCAAGCUGAGGUGGACAAACUGAGAGCAGAGGUGUCUAGUCAGGAAGAGAAGUGGUCAGCUGAAAGGGAGACAAUCCUCCAGGAGAAAGAUGCGGAGCGCAGACGCUGCGUUGAGGAGAUCCGGGCGCAGUGCGAGCAGGACAUCAAGCAGUUCAUGGAAAACCACCAGCACACACUCACCAGCGCUCUGAAAACGGCACGUCACCAGCAGACUGCGGAAAAGCAACGAUUUGAGCUAGAAAUCAAAGAGCUCAAGACAAGAGAGCAGCAGCUACUGGGUUCUCUAAGGUCUACUCCCAACACCUCAGAGAACUCUGACGGGAGAGCUCCCUCAGAAGGGGAGACGACUCCGGGGUCAACAGCCACCAGCUGUGACAACUGUGAACAGCUGGAGAAGGAACUGAAAUCCUUCAAGGAUACAGACAAUUUGGAGCAAAUGCGCAGAGAGAAAGAGCAGGUGAAGGAGAAGCUUACAAAGUACAACAGCCAGGUGAAGAAGCUGCUCCAAGAUCGUCAGAAGCUACAGGUGUCUGUGCAGAAUCUGCAACAACGACGACAGCUGGAAGAACAGCACUUCAAACUGAAGGAGAAGCAAGCCUCGUCUGAGGAUGAUUCCAAUGCGUCUGACCAAUCAGGAUCAAGGUCACGUGCUGAGGAGCAGCUUUACACUCAGCUCCAGAAAACGGAAGCUCUUGUUCGUGAACUAGAGGAAAAAAGAAUGUCGGAACUAGAAGAACUCAGAUCAUCUUUGGAGGCAGAACAUUCUGCUGCUAUGGAAACCAUGAAGAGGAAAAUGGUAGAACUGAGGAAAGCACACUCUGUUGAGCUGGACAAAGUACAGAGAAAGUUUGCGGAUGAAAAGCAAGAGCUGACGGGGAAAAUAGAAAAAUUGCAAUCUCGCCGGUUGACGAGUACACCUGUUCAGACGGAGACCUCUGAAGCAGAAAAGACAGCCAUUCUUGAAGUCAGAGCUCAUUACAUCGAUGCUGUGGCCAAAAUCAGAGAGGAUGUCAUGAAGCAUGUUACAGAGACAAAUUUAAGAGCUGCUGAGAAAAUCAAGGAGGAGCUUUCCAGGGGAAGGAGCUCUCUGGUGUUGGAGGUGAAAACGACAUGCCUUCAAGUUAUUCGCAAUGUACUGGGCCAAAAUAGAUUGGGGACAAACACAGCUGCCAUUACAAAUGCCAUAGAGAGACAACUGGAGGACUGUUCAACUCAGAUUGCCAGAGGGAAGAAGAAGCCCGAGGAACAAAGCUCCUCGUCUGAUGCUGUUAAAGAGACUGACAGCAAUGUGGCACAGAGUGCAAAAGACAGACGGACUCUUUCACGUCAGUUGUCGCAUAAGUCUAAUGAAAGAAGUAACUGUGCAACAGAUGAAAGAGCAGUAUCAAAUGGAAGAGUGCCGAAGGAAAAGAGAAGCGCCUCAAAAUCAAGUGUAAAUGGAAGGUCCAGAAAAGACAUAGACAGAACAGAAUGUGAUGUUAAAGGGAAUCUUCAGAAUGGUCAUUCAUACGAAAAAAAUGCUGACAAGGACGUAGAUCAGCAGAAAAGUUUGAAGUUUACCGUAGGCUACGCCGAUGACAAACUGCUAGCCAACCCGGUUCAGGGCUGUGAUACUUCAUGUCAAACAGUCAGUAGUGAAGCUCGACUUCCUUCAAGUGGAGAAUCUCUGAACAUUUCUGACUCUGUGUAUCUACCUUUGGUCGCUGAUAUUACCAAAAAUACUACUCUUUUCCAAACCGAGGAAGACCAGUUCAGAUUCCACAGUUUGCCUGCGAAUCCCGACGAUUUGCAGUAUUCUAAACCCAGCGUGACUGGUAACAGAGAUGUGAUAAUGUCUGGAGCGUUACAAAAGGCAAAUGGCACUGGACAAGAUUACAGACGGCGGAAUCGCUCACCUGCUGGUGACGUUUAUAGAACUCGAUCAAGUAGUCCCCGUCCCAGACAGAGAGAAGAACGACAAUACCAGUCCGCUUCAAGAGAGGCGGGGUAUGCGAGAUCCGUGAAGAACACACCGGUUUCCGGCUUCAUCGAAGACAGAACGGUUGAUUUGACUUCGAGGAUAUCAGAGGUAACACUUGCUCAGGCGGGGCACAAGUCUGUUGGCUCAUCUGGUGCCCCAUGUGACAGUGGAAUAGGCACACUGGGUCGUGAAAGACGCUCUGGGUCGGGUAUGGCAGGACGUAGGGCUAAUACACUUUCUGCGCCUGGAGUAGGCGGAGACAUGAACCGGGUCGCUUCAAGAUCUGAUGACCGUAGACCCAUGCUCUUCAGACAGAGCUCUGAAAACAGCUUAUCUUCGUCUAUUCUCACUCAGUACGAAGAUGACUCGAGCGGUCCCAGCACCUACAGAUCCACGGUGGAGGACUUUGGGCCUUUAGAUUUCGACACGGAAGGAACUUUAACUUCUCUUGGCUUGGGACAACGGUCGCCGCGAAAGUACAACCCGGUUCCUGAAAAAGAUGUGCCAAGAAGACGUCUUCCGUCAACAAACGACAGCAAGGAGUACUCUUGGAGACGAUCCAUGGAGGCUUAUCGCGAAACGAAUUGCGUAAACACCCGGAUAAAUCGCGUUGAGAAUUCAGCCUCUAGUGCUGACGCAUCUACUGCGAAGUCAUCCUCAACUUUUUCCAACUUCAAUUCCCCCGCCAUUAAGGAGAGCUACAAUCAAGGGAGGGAAUCCAAUGUAUCAGACGCCACCGACGUUUCCUAUAAUCUACGAUUGUCGAGUACUUUUGACUCGAGUGUACACGGAGCACGUGAGCAAUUGGGACAGUCGUUUAUCCCGAACAUGGAACCCCCGCGAUUGGGAGGCCAAGGGCUGGGUGAAGCUGUUCGGAGACCGGUACCUGUGAUGGGUAGAAGAGUUCAGGACGCAAAGUCCGCUCUAUCUGGUCCACAGAAGUCAUAACACUUG